CACGCCGUCGGACGCCGCCUCUCUUCCCCGCCUCGUCGGACGCCGGCGCCACCACGACCACCCUCCCCGACGCGCCGUAGCCACGACCACCCUCCCCGGCGCGCCGCCGCCACACCCCCCUCCCCCAGCGUGCCGCCUCCACAACCUCCCUCCCCAGCGCGCGCCGUCCGGCCCUCUUCCCCACUGCGUGCAGGCAGUUCAACGUGCGACCACAGGCCGUUCAAUGUCUCCGUCGUGGACACGCCCCUCUACCUACUUCUGGUUGCCUCUCAUCCCGGUGUGGCCAAGGCGUUGGGUUCGCCGCCGCUGCGACCAGCAGUCCAACCCGGCCGCCCCAGUCCGUUCACUCGUCGCAGCUCCCAGCUAAUGUCAAAUCUGGUUUUGCUGGGGACAAAGAAGUGAGCAAAAGGAGAAAUUGAUCAAUUGCAAAUUGUGCAGCGGUGGUUUUCCUAUGCACAUGUUGACACAACGUAUCAUCAAAAUGGGUGGCGGAGAACCAGUAAGUGCUACUACUGGUGUACGCGAAGUUCAAGGAUUUUCCCAUGCUCGAGCAUCCACUGGCUCCGACCUUCACCCGUUUCCGCACGCCUGGGAUCCACAACCUCCGACCUCACACGUGGACCCCGGCUGGCUUCUCUGUCCCGAGUGUCGCUGCCGGCCUCCCUGCAGCAUGGCUUCGGUUCCCUCCUACGGAUGCGUCUGCGCCAACCAUCUGAUGCAUCAAAAAGCCCGAUUCACAAAUUCAUCUUCUAUAUGCUUUUCAGUUCAUCGACUUCCCAUUGCAGUUUGGCAUCAAAAUUCACAUCAGUUUAGGGGUGCCCGCAUCACGGUCUCACUGUGCUACCGCAAUCUCUCCUUGAUACGCCACCGGACGAGCCCCUCCUCACACUUUGGCAAGUUGUCACUUCUUGCUCCUGUGCCUGGAUCCCAUGAGGUUUGAAGAUUAUCGUGGAGCAAGUUCAAGAGAUCAGUUUCGUGAAAAUAAAUGUGAUCUUUUGGUCAGGAUUUUGCAUGAUCCAUAGCCAUCGGUGGCAACAGGGAGUAGUUCGAGGCCUCCUGCGUGAGUCGUCCAUCGUCUUCUAUGCGUGAGCUUGUUGUCUCUACACAUCUAGCAUUAGAGUAUCUCCUCCCCUUGCCGCACACACAUGCCGGGCGGUCGAGCUAGUGUUGUUUGUGAUAUUGGUCGUGACUCUUGCGUUCUCAUUGGACAAAGAAUUUGUUCUGUAACUAUGUAUUUGCAGGACCUUUAGCAAAUAUUGUUGUGUUCUGAGUAUUCUGAUGUUGGCCAAAAUGGUGAGCAUUUAAACAUCAGCCCGAAUUAAUAAAACCGAUAAGUUCUACUUUAAA